CUUCUACAGACCUCCCCAAAGCCUACCGAUGUCGCCGCGCCUGCUCAGGGUGGUGGGCUGGGGCUCGGCGGCCGGGCUGGGACUGCUGGCGGUGGCCGUCUUCGUCCUGGUCCUGAUCCCGGCAAAGAAUGCUGUCCUUCCUACCAGCAUCAAAUACGGUCUGGUGUUUGAUGCUGGCUCCACACACACCUCCCUCUACAUCUACCGGUGGCCGGCGCACAAGGAGAACGGCACCGGCAUCGUGUCCCAGGUGGAGGCCUGCUCUGUGUCCGGUGAGUGUGCUGGGAUCUCUUCUCCCUCUCUUCCAGUCUCCUGGGCUGCUGUCCCAAACUCUCACAGCACCACCACUGAUCCCAGUCUUUCAGCCUGCUUUGGGCUGAAGGGAGAUUGCCCUGUGAGGAAUCACAGGAAAGGGUCAGGGGAUAGUCUGCAGAGGUGGGGGAGGGAUUGGGCCCCCACUUUGCUCAGGUCCUGGAGCCACUCCUGUCCAGAUGUGCAUCACCUCACAGCUGGGGAUGCUGGAUGUGCAGUUUGCUCCUUCUUGCCUGCCUCGGCUUCUCUGACUCUUCUUACCACAUCUGUUUACACCUUCUUCAUUUGGGCAACUUCGUGUGCCUGCAGGGACUCCCAAAAGCUCUGCACAUGUCCAGUGCCUGCAGCUCAGCCUUACUCUGGCUGUGUGUCGGGCCAGUUCUCGUUUGCAGAGAAAUGGGAACAUCCCCAGGACACCGAGGUUCUGGGAGCUCUGGACCUUGGCGGUGCCUCGACGCAGAUCACCUUCCAGCCCGGGGUGCCUGUGCAGGACAGCAACACGUCCGUGUUCUUCCGGCUCUACGGCACCAACUACUCCCUGUACAGCCACAGCUACCUGUGCUACGGGCAGAGCCAGGCCCUCAAGAUGCUGCUGGCAGCUCUGCACCAGGCCAGCUCGGGAGCUGAGAUCUCCCACCCCUGCUACCCCCGUGGGUACCAGGAGAACCUCACCGUGGCAGAGCUCUACGACAGCCCCUGUGUGCAGGCGCCAAGCUCAGCCAGCCCCGGCCUUGUCCUCAGGGUGACGGGGACAGGGGACCCGGCCGCGUGUGGCACGGCCGUGCAGAGACUCUUCGACUUCAGCUGCGGGGCGCAGGGGCCGUGCGGGUUCAACGGCGUGUACCAGCCCCCCGUGCGGGGACAGUUCCUCGCCUUCUCGGGGUUUUAUCACAGCCUUCACUUUCUGAACCUGACAGGAGGGCAGUCCCUGAGCUUGGUCAAUGCCACCAUCUGGCAGAUCUGCAACAGCAGCUGGGAACAGGUGCAGGGGUUGUUCCCCACGGCGAGCAGGAGGCAGCUCCGUGACGCCUGCACAGCUGGCUCCUACACCCUCACCCUUCUCCUGCAAGGCUACAAAUUCAGCAACACAACUUGGCCUAACAUCCACUUCGUCCGGCAGGUUGCUAAUGUAGAUGUGGGCUGGACUCUGGGCUGCAUGCUCAGUCUCACCAACAUCAUCCCCUCGGAGCCUCUCACAGAAGUCACAGAGCUCCCGAGAAGCAUCUGGAUAGCAGCCACAGUUCUGCUGGCCAUCAUGCUCAUCCUCACCUUCUGCCUGCUCACAGCCAUGUGCUACCAGAGAAGCUCCUCAGGCUAUGAACAGCUGUAGCAGCGUUGCCUCCAGAGGCUGGGAGGCCACUGAGUCCUGCUGCCACACCUUUGCAAGGAGCUGCUUCCCAGGAAUCACCCUUGUGUGCCCAGAGGACUUGUCCUGGGGGGCCCUGAGUCCUGGCCUGGUGAGCUGGAGCUGGCCCAGCUGUAAAACACCCUCCUCAUGGCCGUGUGCUCUCCAGUUCUCUUUUCCCUGCGCUGCUGGUCGGAGAUGCUCCAGGAGGGAGGGCUUGGCCGUGUGGGGCAGGGGCUCAGCGCUGGGGCCUGGGGACCACCGUGCUGUGGGGUGGCUGGAGAUGGGGAUUAGGGGGGUCUGGCAGCACUGGGACUGUCACAGGGCUGGUUACAGACCAGUGCAUAAACCCUGGGUGGGACACACACGUCCUGCCCCAUCCCAGGGCCGGGGUCUGCAUCUCCCACGGCCAGCACCAGCCCCAGGGGCCGUGGCAUUGGGCACUGGGGGUGUGGGGGGCACUGGCCCGGUAGACAGGGCUCUGCCUAGGACUGGGGGAUGGCACAGCCCCCUCCCCUCCUGCAUGAGCUUCCUCUCCAGUCCAGCUGCACCCCAUGCCCUGUGCUUGGUGACAGCUCGUCCUCCCUUUCCAGCACAGGGUGACUUGGGAGCUCUGCUGGGACACGGCAGAGGCAGCUCCCAGGGCCCCCCUUAUAUUUCUGGGGAGUCCCACUCGCAGCCAAGUGAGGGUGAGUUGAGACACCUCCUCUGAGAAGGAAAAGACCUGUCCUUGUGCCCUCUUGGCUCCACUCCAAGGUCCAGCAGACACCUCAGUGUCUCCAGGGACACCUCCCAUGGAUUUGUUGCCUCUCCCCUGAGUCUCCGUCAUCACCAGCCAUCACUUGGGAGACGGAAGCAAUAAAAUCACAAUGAUUUGGGAGCAAAG